AUGGCUGAAGCGAAAAUUACCAGCCACUACAUCUCUCGCCAAUCCGGUGUGUUUCUCCUGCGGGUCCUGGCCCAAAGCGCGAGUUUGGUGAGCAAAUUUGAGCUUCUUUACAACAUAUUCAAUUGGUCGCUCGCUUGUUGUUUCAAUUACCGAGAUUGGUCAGAUCGCAAGUCUUGCACGGGCGAGAGGCUCAACCUCAAAGAUCAUGACCUUGUCAUGUCACUCAUGAUACGAAAGCUGCCUGAGGAGAGGAACGAGUAG